CCUUGCUCCCGCUCGCAGACUGACGGGUGUCCGGUCCGGAUCGCGGCCAUGCGCCAGCGCCGCGCCGAGCGGCCCAGCGGCGGGGCUGCACCGCCGCCGCGUCCCGCGGCAGCGGCGUGAAGCGGCGAAAGGAUGAAGCGGGAGAGACGGGCCGCGCCGGGCCCCCUGCCCAUGCUGGGGCUGCUGCUGCUGGGCGCGCUGCCGGGGCUCUGGACGGUGCUGCUGCGGCGGGAGGCGGCGGCGCAGCUGGUGCCGGAGCCGCGCCCGCCAGCGGGGCCGCCCCCGGGGCGCUGGGGGCCGCUCGCCGGCAGCGGGCAGAAAACUUUCCGGGCGUUGCUGGCGGUGCCGACGGUGGCAGCAGGCCAGCAGGAGCGGGGCGGAGGAGGGGGACUCGCUGCGAUCGGCUCGGCGCCACCGGCCGCCGCCUCUCCGGUGGAGCGGGGCAUCUUCUGGAGCCGAGAGCUGGAGGAGCGGGUACCGCCGGGCUUCGCGGCGGAGGAGGCGGCGGCGUGGCUGGCGGCCGCCCGCGCCGCCCGCGUGGCCUCGCUGGAGCGAGGCGGCUGCGGGCGUAGCUCCAACCGCCUGGCGCGGCUGUCGGACGGGAGCCGCGCCUGCGUCCGCUACGGCAUCAACCCGGAGCAGAUCCAGGGCGAGGCGCUCUCCUACCACCUGGCCGGGGUACUGGGCAUGCAGGAGCGGCUGCCGCCCAUGGCCCUCGCCCUGGUAGAGGCCCGCGGGCGGCAGUGGGAGCCGGUGCAGGAGGAGCUGCGCGGCUCGCACUGGGCCGAGGGCGCCGUGGUCAGCCUGACGCGCUGGGUGGACAACCUCACGGCCGUGGUGGCCCCCGCGCCCUGGGGCGCCGGCCGGCGGCUUCAGCCGCUGUCGGCCGGGGAGCUGAACGGCCUGUCGCUGUCGCAGCUGGUGGAGCUGGUGCAGUGGAGCGACCUGAUCCUCUUCGACUAUCUGACGGCCAACUUCGACCGCUUGGUCAGCAACCUCUUCAGCCUGCAGUGGGACCCGCGGGUGAUGCGCCGCGCCACCAGCAACCUGCUCCGCUCUCCUGACGGCGGGCUCGUCUUCAUGGACAACGAGGCGGGGCUGGUGCACGGCUACCGCCUCCUCGCCAUGUGGGACCCCUACAACGAGCCGCUGCUCCGUUCCCUUUGCGUGUUCCGCGCGGGCACGGCGCGGCGCGUGGCCGAGUUGUACCGCCGCCGCAGUGCCGCGGCCGAGCUGCGCCGCCGCCUCCGCGCGCGGGAGCCACUCUGGCCGCGCCUCGGCUUCCUCUCGGAGCGGCAGGCGGAGCUGCUGCAGGCGCGCGUCGACUUUGUGCACCGCCACAUCGCCCAUUGCCGCGCCCAGGCCGCCGCGCUCUGACGGCCUCGGAGCGGGCGACGAUGGCCGGUUGGCCGCAGCGCUCCGUUUUCCUGUUCUCCGAAGGCUGGAUUUCACUCUGCCCGCCGCCUCGGUGCCUCCCCGACUGCCGAGCUUGACGCUGCCGGGCAUGCAGGCGG